AUGACAAGAAAAAGAUCACAAAACAACGAGGUGAAAAGUCCUACUUCCUCCGCAGGUUCUGCCAACGAUAAUGACAGUGCUACUGCUAACAUCUCUAAAGAUCAAUACCAGUUUCUACCCAUAGCUAACGUGAGUCGUAUCAUGAAGAACUCGCUUCCUUCAAAUGCAAAGAUAUCAAAAAAAGCUAAAGAAACAGUUCAAGAAUGUGUAUCAGAGUUCAUUAGCUUUGUAACCGGUGAAGCAUCUGAUAAAUGUCAAAGAGAGAAAAGGAAGACAAUCAAUGGAGACGAUCUUUUAUGGGCUAUGACUACACUUGGUUUCGAGAAUUACGUCGGGUCUCUAAAGAUUUACCUGAACAAAUAUAGAGAGGUAGAAGGUGAAAAGAACAAUAUGGCUAGACAUGGAGAUGAUGAUGACCAAUUUCCCUUGAAAGAGGAGAUAAUUAGUAAUACAACUAAUGAUAGUAUUAGUGGAAGAUCCGUUGGAAAUAAAAUAGUCACUAAUUUUAUCACUAAAAGUUCAAAACCUCGUGGUGUCAAUGCAGGUUCGUAUUCUACCGGGUCGAGACCAUGGUAAAAUUCCUCUCCAUCAAGUCCGAAACCUAAUAAAGAAUAGCUAAUCAAACCCUCUCAAAGAAAAAGGGUUAAAGAUGGAAAAUAAAACUAUUUAUUUGUUCGUAACUUAUUUAACAGAAAGUCGGAUCACCUGUUCCGAGGAAAUUAUCUCAUCCAAAUUGUGA